AGUGAGCGCGGCGGCUGCCGGCGAGCUAGCGGCGCGGCGGCGGGAACCGGAGGCCGGGCGCGGCGGCGGCGCUAGAAGCGCACCCACCGGGGACGGCUAGGCGGCCCGCGGCGCGGCAGGCACCGGGAGGCGAGAGCCGGCGCGGUCGGUAGGCGGCGGCUGCAGCUAGUUGGCGGCGGCUGCGAGGAUGCUGCCUGGGCGGCUGUGCUGGGUGCCGCUCCUGCUGGCGCUGGGCGUGGGGAGCGGCAGCGGCGGUGGCGGGGACAGCCGGCGGCGCCGCCUCCUCGCGGCUAAAGUCAAUAAGCACAAGCCAUGGAUCGAGACUUCGUAUCACGGGGUCAUAACUGAGAACAACGACACAGUCAUUUUGGAUCCACCACUGGUAGCCCUGGACAAAGAUGCACCAGUUCCUUUUGCAGGGGAGAUCUGUGCGUUCAAGAUCCACGGCCAGGAGCUGCCCUUUGAGGCCGUGGUGCUCAACAAGACAUCAGGGGAGGGCCAGCUCCGUGCUAAGAGCCCCAUUGACUGUGAGUUGCAGAAGGAGUACACAUUCAUCAUCCAGGCCUAUGACUGUGGUGCUGGGCCCCAGGAGACAGCCUGGAAAAAGUCACACAAGGCCGUGGUCCAUAUCCAGGUGAAGGAUGUCAAUGAGUUUGCUCCCACCUUCAAAGAGCCAGCCUACAGAACUGUCGUGACGGAGGGCAGGAUCUACGACAGCAUUCUGCAGGUGGAGGCUGUUGAUGAGGACUGCUCCCCCCAGUACAGCCAGAUCUGCAACUAUGAAAUCGUCACCACAGAUGUGCCUUUUGCUAUCGACAGAAACGGCAAUAUCAGGAAUACCGAGAAGCUGAGCUAUGACAAACAACACCAGUAUGAGAUCCUGGUGACCGCCUACGACUGUGGACAGAAGCCCGCUGCUCAGGACACCCUGGUGCAGGUGGACGUGAAGCCAGUUUGCAAGCCCGGCUGGCAAGACUGGACCAAAAGGAUUGAGUACCAGCCUGGCUCCGGGAGCAUGCCUCUGUUCCCCAGCAUCCGCCUGGAGACGUGCGACGGAGCUGUGUCUUCCCUCCAGAUCGUCGCAGAGCUGCAGACUAAUUACAUUGGCAAGGGCUGUGACCGGGAGACCUACUCUGAGAAAUCCCUUCAGAAGUUAUGUGGAGCCUCCUCUGGCAUCAUCGACCUCUUGCCAUCCCCUAGUGCAGCCACCAACUGGACUGCGGGACUCUUAGUGGACAGCAGUGAGAUGAUCUUCAAGUUUGACGGCAGGCAGGGGGCCAAAAUCCCCGAUGGGAUUGUGCCCAAGAACCUGACAGACCAGUUCACCAUCACCAUGUGGAUGAAACACGGCCCCAGCCCAGGUGUGAGAGCCGAGAAGGAAACCAUCCUCUGCAACUCUGACAAAACCGAAAUGAACCGGCAUCACUAUGCCCUGUACGUGCACAACUGUCGCCUCGUCUUCCUCUUGCGGAAAGACUUCGACCAGGCUGACACCUUUCGCCCCGCGGAGUUCCACUGGAAGCUGGAUCAGAUUUGUGACAAAGAGUGGCACUACUAUGUCAUCAACGUGGAGUUUCCUGUGGUAACCUUAUACAUGGAUGGAGCAACAUAUGAACCAUACCUGGUGACCAACGACUGGCCCAUUCAUCCAUCUCACAUAGCCAUGCAACUGACGGUCGGCGCUUGCUGGCAAGGAGGAGAAGUCACCAAACCACGGUUUGCUCAGUUCUUUCAUGGCAGCCUGGCCAGUCUCACCAUCCGCCCUGGCAAAAUGGAAAGCCAGAAGGUGAUUUCCUGCCUUCAGGCCUGCAAGGAAGGGCUGGAUAUUAAUUCCUUGGAAAGCCUUGGCCAAGGAAUAAAGUAUCACUUUAACCCCUCGCAGUCCAUCCUGGUGAUGGAAGGUGAUGACAUUGGGAACAUUAACCGUGCUCUCCAGAAAGUGUCCUACAUCAACUCCAGGCAGUUCCCGACGGCGGGUGUGCGGCGCCUCAAAGUCUCCUCCAAAGUCCAGUGCUUUGGGGAAGAUGUAUGCAUCAGUAUCCCCGAGGUGGAUGCCUAUGUGAUGGUCCUGCAGGCCGUCGAGCCCCAGAUCACCCUCCGGGGCACGGACCACUUCUGGAGACCCACCGCCCAGUUUGAAAGUGCCAGGGGAGUGACCCUCUUCCCUGAUCUCAAGAUUGUGAGCACCUUUGCCAAAACUGAGGCCCCCAGAGACAUGAAAACCACAGUGCCCAAAUCAGAAGUCUUAGAGGAAAUGCUUCAUAACUUAGAUUUCUGUGACAUUUUGGUCAUCGGAGGGGACUUGGACCCAAGGCAGGAGUGCUUGGAGCUCAACCACAGUGAGCUCCACCAACGACACCUGGACGCCACUAAUUCUACUGCAGGCUACUCCAUCUACGGUGUGGGCUCCAUGAGCCGCUACGAGCAGGUGCUGCAUCACAUCCGCUACCGCAACUGGCGUCCGGCUUCCCUGGAGGCCCGGCGUUUCCGGAUCAAGUGCUCAGAACUCAAUGGGCGCUAUACUAGCAAUGAGUUCAACUUGGAGGUCAGCGUCCUCCAUGAAGACAGAGUCUCAGAUAAGGAGCAUGUCAACCACCUGAUUGUGCAGCCUCCCUUCCUCCAGUCUGUCCAUCAUCCUGAGUCCUGGAGUAGCAUCCAGCGCAGUUCAGUGGUUCCAAGUAUUGCCACGGUGGUCAUCAUCAUCUCCGUGUGCAUGCUUGUGUUUGUCGUGGCCAUGGGUGUGUACCGGGUCCGGAUUGCCCACCAGCACUUCAUCCAGGAGACUGAGGCUGCCAAGGACUCUGAGAUGGAUUGGGAUGAUUCUGCGCUGACUAUCACAGUCAACCCCAUGGAGAAACAUGCAGGACCAGGGCAUGGGGAAGACGAGACUGAGGGAGAAGAGGAAGAAGAAGCAGAGGAAGACAUGAGCUCCAGCAGUGGCUCUGAUGACAGCGAAGAGGAGGAGGAGGAGGAAGGGAUGGGCAGAGGCAGACAUGGGCAGAGUGGAGCCAGGCAAGCCCAGCUGGAGUGGGAUGACUCCACCCUCCCCUACUAGUGUCUAGGGGUCUGCCUGGCCCACGUGUCCCUUUUGUAAACCCUGACCCAGUGUAUGCCCAUGUCUAUCUUACCUCACCUCUGAUGUCUGUGACAUGUCUGGGAAGGCCUUCUCCAUCUUCCUGGAGCCCACCCUUUAAGCCUUGGGCACUCCCUGUGUCCCAUAGGGAAGUUCCAAGAAGCCCAGCAUGGCCAUCAGUGGGGACUUCAGGGUAGACUUUGUCCCUUAGACUCCACUUCUGCCCUAUGCCCCCCAGCAUCCUGUCUACCUGUCUGCAGAGUCUGCCUUUGCUUUUUUCUGCAGGAAAGAGGUCCACCUUUGUGUCACUCAUCUCCCCAGGCUCAGAGUCCCCAAGGCCCUGGGGCUCUAACUCACUGUGCGUCUCCUCCACACAGACCAGCAGGUCCUCCUAUGCUUACUCCAGGUUACUUUAUACAAGGAGGGUGGUUGAACUUCACACACCUAAGGUCUUAGCGCUUAGCAGUUUCAAGGAAAGUUCUUGUAGGGGCAGAACUAAGUUUACAGGGGAAGGUACACACAUUCUCUCGCUCGUUCUCUCUCUCUCUCUCUCUCUCUCUCUCUCUCUCUCUCUCAUUCCUCAGCUUGGAGAACCUUUCCCUUUCCUUCUUUCUGAGGCCACAUAAGCUUAUAGGAAAAGUCCUAAGCCAAGAAUAGGUCCUUGGCCACAGGAGGGCCUGAUCCCCAAUAAGAGCUAUCUGAACCUGGCUGCCUGGGCACUUGCUGCAACCAUGCAGUUGCCCUGCCAGGGACACUCACUACACAGAACCACAGGCUCUGGGAGGCAUUCCACACAGGCACUGUUCCAGGUGACAAUUACCACAAUCCUAGAGCCAUGAAACAGAAGGAAAUGCUGAUGAGAUCACAGGUAGGCUUCCUGGUGGGCUGGGUGGGGGUGGCUGGGCUCCCCCAGGACAGAGGGGACCCUGAGGUUGGCAAGGCUCUCACCACUCAGCCUCAUCGUCCCUUAUCUUCUGUUUUACACUAUUUUCCAACUUGAGAAAAUACACGCUCUCUGGAUGUAUUCGAAACGCACAAGCUCCACUGAGUCUAAGACGAAAGUUUGAAAUUUAAUUGCAAGGAAUUAGAAGCAUAUUUGCAAUCAAGCAGCUUCUUCUUUCUUCUACUCAUAAGCAGAGGAACACUUGGGAUAGAGGGCAAAUGUAUCUGAAAACCUCAUUUCUUUCUUUUUUUGCUAAGGAAAUCUUUUUCAUCUCCAUCCUAACAUGCACACCCUGUGAAGAGAAUUGUUUCUAUAGUAACUGGUCCGUGAUCUUUUGUGGCCGAGAGAAUAGCAGGCAAGAAUUAGGGCUGUGAUAGAAUUUCCACGAAGCUCUGAGAACAUGUUUGUUUCAAAUGUCUCAGGUUCCUCUGUGUCAUCAGUGUGUACGAUCUGUCCCCAUCCUCCCACUCCUCCCCAAGCUCACACCAAUUGGUUUGGCACAGGCAUAGAGCUGGUCCCAAGUUAAGUGGCAUUCAUCUUCAAAAACAAGUUCAGAAUCUCAGCUUCUUGUGUCAUCAAAACAGCUUAAGGAGACUACCGCCAACGUCCUCCAGUCUGACCUCCACCCAGUGAGGACCCAUGGCAGGCCUUUUCAACUUUCUGAUUCAUGAGAACGACCUGGUGCAGCUUUUCCCACCUCCUAAAAUGUUUUUGCAUCUGUUCCUUCCUUUGGACCUCACAAUCCUGUGAAGUAACUGAGACAUCUGUUGUUAGACACAUUUUUGUGAUGACUAAACCGACGCUUGGCGGUUCAA